GUGUUGAUGAAUCUGAUAAUAAAUCUGAUAAUGAAUCUGAUGAAUCUAAUAAAACUGAAUUUAAUAAACCUGAUACAAAUGUGGAAUCGAACAUACCACAAAUGUCCAUACAUCGAUCAGGAUUUAAAACAUUCUUGAAAAUUUUUGCUGGAUUCUUUAUUAUCUGCUUGAUUGGAGGUAUUGCAUAUUUUUUCUCUUCUCGAUCCCAAAGGAAGACAGAAAAUGAUCAAAGUAUCGAACUAGAAAUGAAAUUGAUGCCUCAGAUCUUUGGAUGGUCUAUUUUAUCAAGAAUUCCACAGGUCAUUAAAAAUUAUAAAUUACAAUCUACUAAAGGACUAUCUUUAGCCAUGUUUUUUUAUUGCGCAUUAGGCAAUAUCACUUUUUGUAUUUCGAUCUUUAUUUACUCUUUAGAAUUUAAAUACCUGCUUAUUAAUCUUCCUUGGUUAGUUGGAAAUGGUAGUGCUUUACUUUUUGAUUGUAUUAUUCUUGCGCAAUUCUUUUAUUAUAGAAAUGGUUCUAAACCUUCUCAGAAAUGA